AGCAAAACGAAGACUGACGGUGACGAGAUAAUGUAUCUGGACGAAAUGCACGAUGAGUCGGCGAGACCGUUGACGUCCAACAAUACGGAGGCAAUUCCGUCCGUGUUUUCGCGCGCUGGUUUUACCGCCGAGACUGAAGAUCUCGCGAACAAUCCGCGAGAUACAACACGAAGGCCUUCGAUCUCCAGAACAGCGAUCGAUUUUGACGGGAACGAUAAGCCAGUGAUUGGCUUCGACGGUAGAAACGGACUGGAACCUUUAUCACCGGGCUGGUCCGUCCCGCCGAACAUACAGCUCUCCACUCCUGAUGUAAACGUCUAUCAGCACAAGAAGACUCUCGCCCAGGGUAUGAUGGACCUGGCGUUACUCUCUGCCAACGCGAAUCAGAUGCGCUACGUUCUCCAAACAGACGGCCGGCAUCCUUACUUUUACCCGUCGCUCACCAUGAUCGGCAUGAGCCUGUUGCUGCAGAUUGCCGUAGGUAUCGGCCUCAUCUGGAAUAGCGUCUACAACGUUAAGGAGCACGAGCAGAUGUGCAAAGCCAAUAAGGCCAACAAUUGGACGGUCGUCGGUAUUUUCCUCGUCACGAUAUUCAAUGUCUUUAUUUCGUCGUUUGGCGUCGUCGACCAGAUAAACGUCGUCUCGACAUAGCCAGUCCUUCCCUUCUCUAUCUUUUACUUUUACUGCUCUCUUUAUCGACGAUACGCUAUCACC